UCCAUUUCUUUUGAAAACCCGUCAAAUUUUCUCAUUUUGGUCCAAAAUUUUGAAUACUUGAAUUAUUUGGCAAAAUCUAAAUCGUAUUUAAAUUAAACAUUAACAGUUAAAUAGAAUGUCAGAAAACACGUCUGAUAAUGCAUAUUUAGAUACAAAUUUAAAGAGGAAGAAACCAAGAUUUGAAGAAUUAGCAAAAGCUAGAAUAAGAAUGGACAAUAGCAAAAGAUUAAAUGCUUUUCAGGUUAGACCAGCAGCUUUAACUUAUGAAAUAACUGAUAACUUAAAUAAAUUGGCUCAACCUAGAAGAAGAUAUAGUUCAGAUUCAUAUAAAUACUCCAGUGCAUCAUUUUUGUCACAAACGCCCAGUUUAAAACCAGAAAAUUUUAGCAGAGAAUGUUCAAUAAUGAAUCUGUCAAAAAAGGAAUCAAACGCAAUUCAAAAGCCACACAUAGAAACCUACGCUAAUAUUGCAGCAAGACGUAACAUUCGUCUUUUAAAACGCUUACGUGAUUUUUCGAGACCUGCGAAAAACUUGCCCGAAUCGGGAUCUGGUAGUUCUAACAAUGAGAAUAAAUUUUCUAAUAUGAACGCUUAUAAUCCAAGAUAUAAACGUUAGACAUCGUAAAAAUAAGACUAGAUAUUAUUAAAAGGCUGAAAAAACGAAACAAAUUGUAUACAUAAUUUACUAAUAAAUACGGUAACUGAGUGACGAAGAAUAGAAAUAAGUAGUUCAUUAUUAAUGAAACGCAAAUAUUAUUUUGUCAAUCCUCGUAUAUUAUAGAUUAUUGAAUUACAUUUGAAUUAAAUAGAAAACGUAAAUUCAAAUGAUUAAAUAAUUUAGUGUGUAUUAACACAUGAAUUGAAAUAUACUAAAAACAUUAUUUUUCAAUCAAUCUAAUAUUGAAAAAAAAUUCUAAAAUAAACGAAAGCCGAAUUCAAUGAAGUAAAAUGAAUAAUAAUGAGUAGCUUACUUCAUAUCAUGAAUAUUUCACUGGCUAAAACAACCUACAAUUUUUUUAAAACAUGUAUAUGAAAAAUAAAAACGUAUGUGGUUACUUGAAAUUAAAAAGAUUUAAAUUAUCUCUUCAAAGAUAUUGUAAACUUCGCAAUAUGUAAUUAAAAUGACUUUUUCUUCUAUCGAAAUGUAAAAUCUCAGUUAUUUCUUACCUCAAAAUCUAGAUCUUUCACAAUCUAUAAGAAAUACAAUAUGUCAGACAAUUUAUUUUAAAAAAAGUACAUGAUAAAGACAAUAGAAAAAAAUGACACAAAAAAUAAAACGAACGCCACCAGCAGAAACUGGAAAGAAGGAUAAAGGAAAGAAUAAGGGAAAAAAGCAGCAUCGAAUAAACUUAAAAGGAUGGCUGAAGACACCAGCAGACUGGGAAAGAUUUAAUGCUUGGACAAAAAUCAAUGCACUACCUAAAAAAAUUCCUGAACAAGAACCGAUGGUGAGGUUAACAAAGCCACUUUCGCAAUUGAAGAAGAGAAUUCAAAUUUUGUCUCAGCCAACGAAGAGUGACACUGGUGCAGUAUGUAGAUUGGAUUGGAGUGUCUCAAAGGCAGCUCUUAAGGCAAAACCAUCGAAGCGAAUAAAGAAAUUAGCUGAGUUCAUUUUGAAAGAACCUCUACAUUGUCGAGAAUUUCCAAUUAAGAUUCGGAAAGCAACUUUGUCUUAUGAACCAAGUGAAAGAAUUAUUGAGAUUAGCAAGCCUCAUAUACGUGUUUCGGAUGAGUGUAAAGCACUUGAAGUGUCGCAGAAAGCUUUAAAUCAUAAGAUGACUGAAAGAGAACGAAAGAUGGCCGUAUCAAAAAAAGCCACUGAUUGUCCUGACUUAUUGUCUGAUGAGGAAAGAAGUAAAUUAAUAACCUCCACAGGAAUCAUGAGAAGCGCAUUGACUUACAAGUUCACACCAUGGAUGUCAUUUCUGUCCCUGCCUUCAUAUCGAUAUUUAAAAGAUCGAACUGAUGAUAAUGCUAAAGCUUGGAAGAAGAAAAUUAUUGAAGAAUCUGAUACAAGGGGGAAGAAGGCCUUAGAAGAGAAGUUUAAAAAGGAAGAAAACAAGAAAGAAAGGGAACGGAAGUCCGAGAAAGAGACGACAGAAUUUGAAGCUGAAACUGUAGGAAAUGUUGAUGCAGUUGAAGGAGAGAAAAAUGAAGAUGCAACAGAGAAAAAUGAAGCUGAAGUUGUUAAAACCGCGCCUGAAAUUACGGGCGAAGAUGAUGGACUGCAGAAAGGACAAAAUGACCCUGAGGAUGCAGAAGAGAAAGAUGAAGCUGGAGGAGAGAAAAAUGAAGCUGAAGAAGAUGAAACGUCUCCUGAAAUUACAGGCGAAGAUGUUGGACCACAGGAAGAACAAAUCGAGCCUGAGGGUGUACAUGUAACUGAAGAUAACGAAAAAACUAAUGAAGAUAAAAUAGAAGUAACCACGUCUCAGGAAAGCAAGGCAAAACGAGGAAGGAAAAGAAAAAGGGAAGCUAAAGAAGAAAUUAAAGAGAAUACUGAAGAAAGCCAAGCAGAAAAAGGGAGAAAAGCAGAGAGAAAUGCAUGGCGAUUUACACCAAGUCCUUGUGUGGAAGUAGGGGUAAAGAAAUCUGCUUUAACAGGAAAAGUUCCUCCAAGAGUUAAUGAACUCUCUAAACCAAAUAUUCGAAAAUAUAAAGCUUGUAGAUCGAAUCCCUUCGCAGUGAGGAAAUCUGCACUUUCUGCUUCAGCUACUCCUAGAAUUUCUGAAAUAGCAAAACCUACACGUCCACUUGAUCCGGUAGCAAGACCUCCGCCUCGGGAAAAAGAUAAUUUUGGUCGAUCAAUUUUUCCCAUGCCGGCAUUCGGAAAAAUUCUACCGGAAGUUAAGUACAAACAGGCUGAAUGUAAAAGUAAGGAAGAAGAAGAAGAAUCCAAAGAAAAUCCAGAGAAAAAAAGAGUUGUGGAUCCUAUUGCCUUUAUGCCCACUAUAGAUCCAUAUAUAGACUACAAGCAAGCUAAAAGGCAGCAGCAAGCACGUAAAAAAUUAGCUGAACAAAACAUUAAAUCUUCCUAAUAAAGCAUAAUUAAGGCAACUGUGUACUUAGGUUAAAAAUAACUGCCAUAAUUGGUAGCUCUCGAACCUAGAUUCAACAUAAUAAAAUUUAAGAAAUAAUUAAAAAUA